GGGACUGUCUGGACCGACGAUAUGGACGGGAAAAUGAAACAGCAAAAGAACCUGACUGGGACCCUGUUGUUUGCUGUCUUUACAGCUGUGUUGGCCUCACUGCAGUUCGGAUAUGGUAUUGGUGUCAUCAAUGCUCCUCAAAAGAUUAUUGAGAAUCACUAUACACGGGUUUUACUAGAAGGCAGUGCAAAUGAGACCGAUACAAAAUCUGUACAACCGUCUGUCAAAAUGUACUGGUCCCUCUCUGUAUCUGUGUUCUCCUUGGGAGGGAUGGUGUCUUCAUUCUUUGUUGGAUGGAUUGCAGAUAAACUGGGAAGGAUAAAAGCCAUGAUGGCUGUAAACAGUCUGGCAGUUAUUGGGGCUAUUCUGAUGGGGCUGGCUCCCUUAGGUCAAGCACAUGCUCUUGUCAUUGCUGGCAGAUUAAUUACAGGUCUUUACUGCGGUCUGGCAUCAGGACUGGUUCCCAUGUAUGUCGGAGAGAUCUCCCCAACAGCACUUCGAGGAGCUUUAGGAACGUUGCAUCAGUUGGCUAUUGUCACAGGGAUUCUCAUUAGUCAGGUGGUCGGACUUGAAUUUAUUUUGGGUAGUGAGACUCUUUGGCCUGUUCUGUUAGGCUUGUCGGGAGUCCCUGCUAUUGUGCAGACCAUCCUGCUGUUCUUUUGCCCUGAAAGCCCCAGAUUUCUGUUAAUCAAACUUGGGAAGAUGGAAGCAGCUAAAAGAAACUUAAUAAGGCUCAGAGGAGACUAUGAUCCAACAAAAGACAUUGAAGAGAUGAAAAAGGAAAAGGAAGAAGUCGAAAGUGAAAAAAAAGUGUCUAUCAUACAGUUAUUCAAGUCUUCUAAUUACCGCCAGCCUCUAAUUGUUUCUCUUGUGCUUCAUAUCUCUCAGCAGUUUUCCGGAAUCAAUGGGAUCUUUUACUACUCUACAAGCAUCUUUACUAGAGCGGGUAUUAGCCAACCAGUAUAUGCAACUAUUGGAGUCGGCGCUGUUAACACAGUUUUCACAGUGGUUUCGGUGUUCCUUAUAGAGAAGGCAGGUAGAAGAUCCCUCUAUCUGGUUGGCUUAGCCGGCAUGGGCAUCUGCGCUAUUGUUAUGACUAUUGCGUUGGCACUUCUGACUCAGCAUGCUUGGAUGAGUUACCUAAGUAUGGUCGCCAUUUUCCUUUUCGUGGUUUUCUUUGAAGUUGGCCCAGGUCCUAUUCCUUGGUUCAUUGUCGCAGAAUUGUUCAGUCAAGGUCCACGACCUGCAGCUAUGGCAGUGUCUGGGUGCUGUAACUGGACAUGCAACUUUAUCAUUGGGAUGUGUUUUGAAUACAUAGCUGAUGCCUGUGGGCCAUAUGUAUUCAUCAUUUUUGCUGUACUCCUUUUUAUAUUCACCAUUUUCACAUACUUUAAAGUCCCGGAGACUAAGGGCAAGUCAUUUGAUGAGAUAGCUGCCGAGUUCCGAAAGAAGAAACUUGCAUCCCGCAAAGGACUUAAAUCGACUGAAAUGGAGUAUCUGGGAACCAGUUCGGAAGCAUAAAUAUUUCCAGCAAGUGCAAAAAUUAAAACAGUCAUUUUUAAAAAAAAAUAUCUAUACAUAUACACGAUAUACAGGGUAUUACCAGACGACUGCAAUGUUUUUAUAGACACUUAUUUUUAUAAUGCUAAACUAAAGAAGAGGGUGUGCUUGAGUUUGUGGACGCUUAAAAGAGAUAGAGAGGUGUCUAAUCAAAGUCCUUCAGCUGCUGUACAACUCCCAUGAGCCUAAGGAUGUAAAUAAUGAGAAUGGCAGUUGCACAACAGCUUUGAAGCCAAAGAUGCAAUCUCUGUAUUCAAAAUAACACAGCUUUGUUACUGUCCUUUACAAGGAAUGCUUGUGUUGGCGCAGAAACCAGUGAUAUCUUUAUAAGUCUAAAGGAUCUGCAGAGUUGCAACCUGGUGAUUAUCCCAUGUCUCAUAGAAAGCCUCCAUCCCUAUGUUUUUGUAUUUACCAUGGUUUCUACAGUGGUUUUACAUGGUUUGCGCAGGAAUAUUUACUUUAAAUAUAUAAGUGGCUGUGAACAAGAGGGGUUAUGGUAAAAACACAGCACCACGGAAGGAAGUGGCAGUCCAUCUUACAAAAUUAGCACCAGGGUAAUUUUAAGAUAUUUUCUAUUUAUAUUGAAUGAGUCAAUACCAGUAGGUGUUCCUGGCAUAUCUGUUAUACAGAUAUCCUUAAAACAGGAAUUCCUGAUGAUUCUAAGGACAUGUCUCAGAAACAAUGGAUACAAAAUAUCUUACAUAGCAUUUGCAAACCUACAAAAAGAACAAAAACUGUUCAAAAAUAUUAUCCAAUGACACUAAAUGCCGCCUUCAGCAUGACACCUACUCAUUUAAAACACUAUAGCCAAAACGUAUUUUAAUAUUCUAUAUUAAGUAUAAAUGUGUGCCAGUGUGAACAAAAGGAACAACACUGUGAUAUUAGGCUCAAAAACAUUCUCCUGAAAUGACAUAUUUACCUUAAAGGAAAGUUCUUUUUCCCUUAACUUUGCUACAAUUUGAACGGCUGGGAACCUUUAGAAUCCCAAAAUUUUAAUCUGCCCCUAAUGUCUGCCUGUAAAACUAUAUCUGCAAUACAUCCUAUUAUAAUAUUAUGGCGUGUUAUCAUAGAAACACAGCUUGUGAUUUAGCUAGAGGUUCUGUGUAACUGAUUAGCAUGACCAGACACCAAGUUGUUGGUAGCUAUAUGCUCAUUUAUUUCACUACCUGUACCAGUCUGUUACAACUAAACAUCCCAGUCAGCAUCUGGCUUAUAUAGAUUAUCAUACAGGUUAAUUCGUUUUCAUCAUGAAUAAUGAAAUUCUGUGUUUGGUUAAUAUAUAAAUGUAUGGUAAAAAAAUCUUGGGAACAAGUGUAAACUUUGACAACAAAACAAGUUCUGUAUAUAUGUAUUUGCUUUAAUUUCUAUACUGUAGCCUAAUGUAAAUGGUUAGAUCCUCCAAUUAUUGGGCCUGAACCUUAUUUUGUCCAAUAAUCCUCUGAACCAAUAAAUUGCAGACACCUCUGAUUUAGUUUUUGUUGUCCUUGGGACAGCAGCUCAAGAUUUCACCCCUGGUUCCUUAAGUAAUGUCAGAGGGUUUAUGUCACCUUACUUAUCAAUAGCAGCUGAUGCAAGACUGGGAUGAAAUAGGUAGGCAGGAAAUCCUGCUAAUAAAACACAUAAAUGAAUAUGAUGAUUCCUGAGCUAUGUGGCUGGGUGCGACAUUGUUUUGCUGAUAUUCAUCCUACUUCUUGGGAAACCAAGUUAAUGGACUGAUCAUAAAAUUACACAGCACAGAUGAUGUCAUUGAAGUCAUUUAUUUCAUAGAAAAUGGUUGUAGUGAACCAAUGGCCAUUAUCUUGUGCAGACAGAAAAUAACUUACCCAAUGUCACUGUACACGCCUGUGUCCCCUGUGUGAGCAAGCAAUGCGUCACUGCAAAACUAAGCCUUAUAUUAAAUCUAUUACAUAUCUUCCACGCUGGUACAAUAUCUUUAAAAACAAACAGGGUGAGAUUUUUCUAUCUUAUGUUUAUGUACAAGCAUUUUAUACAUGUGUAACUGAACCACGUUGUACCAAAGGAAUGGUUUUCCAAUUGAGUGAGCUAUCACUUUUCAGAAGUGUAAAGUUUUUAGUCAUUUGGAUUUUACAUUUUUUGGAUUUGGAUUUUUUUUAAUGAAAAAUGAUGACGAUUGUUUGUCUUAUGUAUUGUACUAAAGCAAAAGGGUGUGCUCUGUAUAAAACCAGUAUCAGUAUUAACAUUUACUUGUACAUUUUUAUGUAAUUAAAAUGAAUUUAAAUUAAAA